AUGCUAACAGCCAUGUCCAAAGUCAAACUGGAAUCAAAACAAGAUCUUCCUGCAAAUCCAUCUUUAGCUACCAAUUCAGCUAAUACAGUACCUCUGGAACUCCCUCCCUCUGAUAGCUUAGACCUUAAUGAAUAUAAUGCCAUUAGAGAAGGGAAAGCCAUAGUUCUUACUCCUAAAAAGGAUGAGGUGUUUUAUAAUCCAAUUCAACAAUUCAAUAGAGAUUUGAGUAUUAUGGGAAUCACUGCUUGGAGUGAAUUGUAUCAGCAUAAAUACAAAGAAGGCAUUAAAGAAGUUAAGAGGCGGAAAACUAUUGCUGCAAAUUCUAGCAAUGAUGAAAGUUCUUCCAACAAUUCAUAUAUUAAAAUCCUUGAAGCAUUAAGUGCAACUGGACUUCGUGCUAUUAGAUAUGCUCAUGAAAUCCCCCAGAUAUCUCAAGUCGUAGCUAACGACUUGUUACCAGCUGCAGUUGAGUCAAUUAACCGUAAUAUAGAAUAUAAUCAAGUUGAAACCAAGGCUAAAUCUAAUUUGGGUGAUGCUAUUCAAGUGAUGAAUUCUCCAGAAAAUAAAAGUAAGUUUCAUGUGGUGGAUUUAGAUCCAUAUGGUACAGCAUCUCCAUUUCUUGAUGGUGCUAUUCAACUGAUCAAAGAUGAUGGUCUUUUAGUGGUUACCUGUACAGAUGCUGGGGUUCUUGCAGGUAAUGGGUUUCCUGAGAAGUGUUUUGCCUUGUAUGGUGGUCAUAACUUUGGUAAUAAUCCAAUGGGUACUGAUGCCAACCAUGAAGCUGGACUUAGAUUGAUUUUAGGUCUGGUAGCAAGAUCUGCAGCCAAGUACAAGAAAAGCAUUGAGCCAUUACUUUCGUUGCUGAUUGAUUUUUACAUGAGAUGUUUUAUUAGAAUACGUACUAGCCCAUUGGAAGUUAAGCAGUUAGCUAGUCAAAAUAUGCAAGUAUUCCAUUGUGUUGGAUGUGGUCAUAGAAUCCCUCAACCUUUGGGAAGAACCGAAAAGGGAAAACACCAAGUUCCUAGGUUAGAUGGUAAAUUGUUGAAGAGUCUUGAUAACAAUGGGAAUUGUAAGUACUGUUCAAGUGUAAUUAAUAUUGCUGGACCAAUGUGGGAGGGCCAAUUGCACAACCAUGAAUUUAUUGAAGAAGUUUUGAGGAUACGAGAUGAAGCUAGUGAUAAACAAUUUGGAACCAGAGAAAGAAUUAAAGGGAUGUUAAGUUUGGCAAAGAGUGAAUUAAAUGAUGUUCCAUUUUAUAUUAAUUUGAACCAGUUACUGUCAUAUUUCAAAAGUCCACCGAUAUCUCUUGAUACAUUUUCUAAAGUAGUGGGGAAUUUGGGUUAUAGAGUCAGUUUAACACAUGCUAAACGAAACAGUAUUAAGACAGAUUGUCCAUGGGAAAUAAUAUUAAAGAUUUUCCAAGAUUGGAUGGUUCAAAGUAAUAAAGAGCAAUUAUCUGUUUUAAAAGGUAAAGCAUCAUUGACUGAAAAAGAUGAAUUGAAAUUAGCCAUUUGGAAACAAGACGUUAAUGUUCAUCCUAAUUUGAAAGAAGGUAUGAUUGGUUAUAAAGUUUUGAAAUGGUUAAAUGAUAAUACUGAACAGUUUCAAGAUACCAAAAUUGAUUAUGAUGGUGUUAACCCAGUAAGUGAAGGUAUAGCUAAGUUAAGAAAAUUAAAGAUGACAAGGUACCAAGAGAAUCCCACAAAGAACUGGGGUCCGAAAUCAAGACCAACGAACCAAUAG